UGUUUACUUUCUAAAGGACAUCACGUAUAGUACUUUGACAUAUGGUGAUUUUUUCCAAUGUAGUUUGAUUAAAAAAAAUAACUUUUGGCAUUCAUAGUAUGAAGAAUACAAACAAUUUGGCGUAAGAAUAUGUAUACUAUCCCAGGUAUCGCACAACUUCGCGAGACUUCCAAAGCAAUAUGGCCGGCCGGGUCCAUGUGGAUGUCAGUGAAAGGAGAUUAAGGCCCAUUUAUGAUUGUUUGGACAAUGGCAACAACAAAGAGGCUAUUAAAGAAGCAGACAAAGUUCUCAAGAAGCAGAAGAACUUUCAAUGUGCUAAGGUCUUGAAAGCACUUGCACUUUUGAGAACAGGAAAACAAGAUGAAAGCUGCAAUAUACUCAAAGCAGUUCAUGCAGAGCAUCCAACAGAUGACUCCACUCUUCAAGCAAUGGUUAUCUGCUACAAAGAAAUGCAUGAGUUGGAUCAGAUCGCAACCUUGUAUGAAAAUGCCAGUAAGGCACAGCCAGACAACGAAGAAAUUCUGUCAGCUUUGUUCAUGGCCUAUGUCAGAAUUGGAAACUACAAGAAACAACAGCAGACUGCAAUGGCUCUGCACAGACUUCAGCCCCACAAGAAUCCGUACUAUUUCUGGGCAGUGAUGAGCAUUGUUAUGCAGGCCCAUGAAACAGAAAACCUUGCCAAAACCAUGUUCCUUCCAUUAGCUGAAAGAAUGGCCCAGAAAUAUGUAAAAGAUGAUAAGAUCGAAGCUGAAGCAGAGGUCCAGCUAUAUCUGAUGAUUCUAGACCUCCUAGAUAAGCCACAAGAGGCACUUAAAAUGGUGGAAGGCCCCUUGGGAGCAAAAUUAACCAUGGAGCAGAAUCUUUGCCAAACAAAGAGAGGGGAGCUUUGCAUUCAGUUAAAAAAGUGGCCACAGGCAAACAUGAUUUUCAGACAAUUGCUGUUAGACAAUCCAGAUAACUGGUACUUUUAUUCCCAGUACCUGAAGUCACUGUUUGCUCUUAUAGAACAAGAUUGGAGCCCUGAACCAGGCAGCAGUGAAGAGGGACCAAUUGACAACACAGUAGAAAAAGCUUUGAACUUUAUCUCUGAGAGAAUAGAAGAAACGAAAGAAAACCAAAAGCCUCAAAGAGGACCAUACCUUGCUCGCUUGGAACUGUACAAAUUAUUACGCCAAUCAAAUAAACCAGAAUUAGAUAAACUAGGUUCUGCCUUCCAAUUAUUAGAAGAAUACUUUGACUUAUAUGGAAGCAAGCCAUGCUGCUUCAUGGAUUUGAAACCCUAUAUGUGUUUGUUGGAGGAUGAUGAAAAACAAAAGUGGUGCAACUUUAUGUUGGAAAAAGUGUGUUUAGUGUCUGGUGAUCAGCUUCCUGAAAAUCAGAAACACAUGCAGCAACACUUGAAUGUCUGUCAGCUGCAGAGACAUAUCGGGGAACAUCAUAAAACCACUCAUGAAGAAAAACUCCUGCUCAUUCAACAAUUGUUCAAGAGGUACAAACAUGGCCUUCAGUUUGGCCAGGAGCUAUUGACCACAGACUUGCAGCACAGUGAUAACUAUCUUCUUUUGGCAGUGCAUCUGUUAGUGGAUGUGUGGAGAGAAACAGGACAGCAGCAGUUUCUCAGGGAAGCAAUUGUGCAGCUAGAAGAAGCUCUUCAAAAAAGUCCAUCCAGUUUCCAAUUUAAAAUGGCUCUUAUAAAACUGUAUUGCUUAUUAGGUGCUUUUGGUCCUUGCCCAGCUGUGUAUGACAGCAUGGAUAUCAAGCAUAUACAGAAUGAUACAUUAGGUUAUCUAGUCAGCAACAGUGUCUCCAAGCUUGGGUUCCUCAACUCUGCCUGUGCCAUGUAUGGAUCAAUGCUGAGAUUCUUUUCUGUGAACCAUAAAGAUACCACAGAGUACUUGAUACAAGCUUACAGAUAUGGUUCUUUUACUAAGGUCCAGGAGUUUGUCAAGUUUCGUGAGCGCCUGCAACAGUCUCUUCAGUAUGCCUCAGCCACAGAAGAACGACGCCUCCUGGAUCUUACCAUAGAUACUGAUAGUCACAGCAGCACUGAGAAGAUGCUGGGCUACAUGGAUGUAGAGCCUGACAAAGAUACCAUUUCAUGGGCCAAACUAAGAGAUAACAGAGAUUUGGAAGCCAUGUUAUCCUGGGAUCCUGAAGACAGGGGUGUGAAUGACGAAGUAAAGAAGAGGUCUGAGGAGGAAGAGAUUCAAUGGCUCAAGAUCCGAAACUUGACAUUUCGCUGUCUAGCAGCAUCUGUGAUGUUGAGCAAAAGUGACUCGAAGUACCAAUGCUCAUGUAACCAAUAAUACAA